AUGCGUUGGGAAAUUUUAGCCGUUGCGAGCACAGUUGCUCUCGGUGUAGCAUCAAAGGUGAAUGCACCCCCCAAGCCUGAAAAAAUCGAAGUCAUUGAACUCCCACUGCCCCCGGUCAUCUCGAGUAACCUCACGGGGGCAUGCAAACAUACAAUCAACCCUCGUCGGACCGGUUGUAUCGGCCAAGUAUCCGAAUCCUUUCAGGCAGGCGAUUUUGCACCUGACGGAAAGCAUGUGGUGGUCACAGUGGAAUUCGUCGGCGCUCCUGUAGCUCCAGACCCGGGUCAUAUAUACACCGGCGUACAGCUCAUUCUUGUCAAAACCGAUGGCACAAAAUUCACCAAUGGUGACCCGUGGAAAUGUCUGAGCUGCGGCGUCCUGUCGCAAAACGCGCGCUCUCUAGAUCCAACACGAGACUAUCCGCAUGUCGCUAGAAAUGCUAAGCAGGCCCUUUGGGGACACAACAUCCUAGAUUGCAGCGGCAUUGUUCUGACAAGUGACCUGUGUACGCCAACCAAGACACAUAUUUAUCCUAUAUACUGGCCUGCAGGAGCCAACAGCUCCGGGACCCCACGAGAAAUGCGCAUGCACCCCGACGAUACUCAUAUGGGUUGGAGUUCAUUUACAACUUCGGGCGAAAAUUCAUUUUACGGCCGGCUGCAGUUCAACAAACAACCUACUGACGGCACACUGCUUGCCCCUCGAUAUGAUCUAGUCGAUGUCAACCUACUUGCUAAGCCCAAUGGUACUGUGCCUAUCUUGGCUCAGGGCUCCGAGCUCAAAAUACACCACGAUGCUAUUACAGUUGGCGAAUUACGCGGGUUCAGCGGUGCAGGUGAUGAGAUUCUUUACAUUGGAUCGACACGCGAGGCAAACAACAUUGAUAUUUUUGCCGUACACAUCAUAACUGGGGUCGUUCGACGUCUUACUAGCCACCCUGAAUACGCAGAUCCCAUUGCAUUCUCACAUGACAAUGAGUGGUUUGUCACAAUGGACACUCGUGGCUCAAACCGCCAAAUGUGGAUGGCUGGUGAGCGGUACAUCCCACCUCUCAUCGAUAUUGUCACGGUGACAGCUGCCUCAUCUACUCGAAAUAACGGUGCACGCCGUUUCUUCCAGCCGAUUUUGAUCGAUCGAUAUGGCGACCGGGGUGACUAUUUCGGUCAACGUGUCAAUUACGAAGGCGAUGGCAGUAGCGGCAGUGUAAACGAUCCCAAUUGGAAUGGCAGAGCAGAUCCAGCAUUUUCUCCGGACGGCACUCAGAUUGUAUUCUGGCAGGGUCUGGUCAUAUCGCCCGCUUGUGGUGGCGACAACCCGUUACCCUGCCCAGAAUCUACCGUCCAAGGGGGACGCACCUAUCGGCUGAUGCUCGCUCGACGUUCAAGCCGCAAACCCACAAGCCCAGCCACUAUUUUCCCUGCGCCGGAUAAGAUUCCUUGGGCGACAUCAUUUCCACCAGGAUCUAGUCUCCCGACUUCAUACUCCGUGCCGCCAGGUAAUUACACUCUUUACGGCCAAGCCUGUGGCUUCGCAAAUGCCACUCUCACACAGGACCCUAUUUUUGGCUCCAUAAAAACCGUCUCUGUGAAUUAUACCAACUACUCAGAUGAUGCAGAGCACUACAUCAAUGGCUACGAGUCGGUAACGUUGACAUUGACGGCAACAGAUCCUUGGCUCAGUCAACUAUAUUGGACUUCGGACAUUGUACAAACCGGUGCCGUCAAUGCAACCAAGAAGACAGGACCUGGCGGAUUUUAUUUGUCAAUUGAUGCCAUCAAGAACAUCUUUGAGGCCAAUGGAACACUGAGUACCACUAUCGAUGGUGUGACCUAUCACCAGCCAAUUAAUGAUGCGUGA